UUUCACGAAGGGAUCAACGCAUGGCAAAAGGGGGAUUAUAUGAAAUGUAAACAUCAGAUGGCCGAGUGUCACUUCCCUAUGCAUGAAGCUAGAAAACAUGGAAAGGAACUACCAGAUAUUCUCAGUGAGAUGGAAGUAUUAGAAAAUGAUGUACACAUGCACAUGUGCAUUGCAGAAUCAUCAAAAGCCAGACAAACAGGAGACGAGUUACUGGAGAAAAUUACCCGUUACUAUGAGGCAAUGGACAUGAACAUGGUGUGGGAUAUAAUAGACUGGUACAAACAGUCGAUUCUUCUCGCCAGAGAGCUGGACAUGGAGCAAGAGGCAAUAUCGUUAGCCAGGAUAGGAAACGUGUAUGCAAAGGUUCUGAAAUUCAAACCUCAGGCGAAGGUGUAUUUGAAAAGGGCUAUUCAGAUGGCUGUAGCUAUGGCACCCCGCACGUUCGUUUCAUGUGAGUGGUACAAGGAAUGCACUGAAAUGCUGAAAAAGUAUCAAGAGGAAACUGUCAUGCAUGAACAAGAACAGCAAUACAAGGAAAAAGAAAAGGUUAAAGAAGAAAUUAAGGGCGAACUAGAAGGGAUCAAGGAAAAACACGAGAAAAUGACUAAUAUUGAGUUUUUAAAAUAUGUAUAUGUCACUUAUCCACCCAAAAAUGAAGCAUUCAAGCUGGAAAAAGACGCGGAGGAAAAUAUUAAGAAAACCUUACAAAAAGCAGUUACCCACUAUCAUCCUGAUAGAUAUGAUCCGGAUGAAAACGGAUUGAAAUGGAAAGUUUUAACCGAGGAAAUUACAAAGUUUCUCACGAGAAGAUACGAAAUUCAAAAAGAAAUAUCUUAAGUAACUGAAUUACAAUCUGUACACAGAGUCAGUGAGGUAAUAGUGUGGGAGGACUU